UCUUGUAUAAAUAACACACUCUCCCCACUUCCAUUCCACAACAAUAACUUUCUUACAUAUAUACAUAUCACAUUUCCAUGGCCAUCUUUUACCCUUCUAAAAAUGCUGGUGCCUUUUUUCUGUUAUCAUUAUGUGUUCUAGUGUCUUCUGUGUGUGUUUGGGGACGACCAGCCACUUUUCUGCAAGACUUUCAUGUCACCUGGUCUGAGUCCCACAUCAAGCAAAUUGAUCAGGGAAGGGCAAUUCAACUCACUCUAGACCCAAACUCAGGAUGUGGGUUUGCUUCCAAGGUGAAGUACAUGUUUGGCCGUGUUAGCAUGAAGAUCAAACUCGUCCCUGGAGACUCAGCUGGCACAGUAACUGCAUUUUAUAUGAACUCUGACACUGACUCUGUUCGUGACGAGCUGGAUUUUGAGUUCUUGGGCAACCGUACUGGACAACCUUACACAGUUCAAACAAACAUCUACGCUCAUGGAAAGGGUGAUAGAGAACAAAGGGUCAACCUCUGGUUCGAUCCUUCUGCAGAUUUCCACACUUACACAAUCAUGUGGAACCAUCACCAUAUUGUGUUCUAUGUUGAUGAUUUUCCUAUCAGAGUGUACAAGAACAAUGAAGCCAGAGGAAUCCCAUACCCAAAGAUGCAAGCAAUGGGAGUGUACUCAACAUUAUGGGAAGCAGAUAAUUGGGCAACAAGAGGUGGUUUAGAGAAAAUUGAUUGGAGCAAAGCACCAUUCUACGCUUACUACAAGGACUUUGACAUUGAAGGUUGCGCAGUGCCAGGACCUGCAAACUGUGCCUCAAAUGUCCAGAGAAACUGGUGGGAAGGAGCUGAAUAUCAAGCUCUUAGUGCCAUUGAAGCCAGAAGGUACAGGUGGGUUCGUAUGAACCAUGUGAUCUAUGACUAUUGUCAAGAUAGGUCAAGGUUCCCAGUGACCCCACUUGAGUGCCAUGCUGGCAUUUAAGCACAAAGUUUCAUUCAUCAUUCAACUCGAUCGUCGGCAAAUUCAGUGGUUCACAUCAUUCAUACCACGCUUUUUACGUACAUGUGGUGUCCUAGCUUUACUGUUUAUACAAAUUGUUUAUAUAUAUCAAGCCUUAUAUAAAUAAGAAAGGGGCAUAAAACUAAAGUCAAAUCCUUUUCUGGCUCUUUGUCAUUCUAUUUUAGUGGGCAUUGUUGUUUGUCGUGUAAGAAAGCUGGUGCAAUGUGCACCAUUAUUGUGCCUGAUUGAUUAAUGAUAUUUAAUUUUAUUGAUGUGA